AUGGGUUGGAGCUUCCAUGGCAAGAAGGCAAGCAUGAUCGACCGAUUCGAUGCUGAGAAGCAUCUCAAACGGCUGCACAAGACGACACCCUUCAUCGAGUCACCGUUGACAGGCGCCGAUCAAGAGAACCUUGUCUUUUCGCAACGACACGAAGCCAACUCGGUCGAGCUCUUCUUCGAUCUGUUCUUUGUGGCCAACCUUGCGACGUUCACCGCUUACCACUCCAUCUCCGACAUCGACUACCUCCUCGCAUACAUCGGUUUCUUUGGGAUUCUGUGGGCGACUUGGUUCCAGAUCACACUUCACGAUGUCCGCUUCGCACGAGACUCGCUCUAUGAGCGCAUUUGCAAGACCAUACAGUUCAUUACCUUUGUUGGUCUGGCUCUCGCUGGCUCGUCUUUCAAUCCAUCUGGCAAGGCCAACAACAAGAACUUCUCCAUUCUCUGUUACACCCUGAUCAUCAGCAGAGGACUGCUUGCCAUCCAGUACAUGGUAGUGCUUUUCUACACGUGGAGAGCCAAGUACUCUAAAUUGUACCUACCCCUUGGCUUGAUGGUUGUUACCUACCUAGUCGGCACCGGCGCCUUCGCUGCCAUGACUCCCACUUACAGGCCCACUGUAAUAGCCCCUCGAAACUUGUACAUGGUCUGGUAUGCUGUCAUGGUGGCCGAAGCUGUCAUAGUCAUCACCAUCUCGUGCUUUUGGCGCAUGCUCAGCUUCAAGAAGACGCAUCUGAUGGAGCGGAUGAGCUUGCUUACCAUCAUCGUCAUUGGUGAAGGAGCCAUUGGAGUCACAAAGACAGUUGGCAGAAUCAUGGGCAAGUCAGGUCUCGACUCUGAGGGUUGCUUCCUUGUCAUGUGUAUCAUUGUCAUCCUAGUCCUCCUCUGGGCACUCUACUUCGACAACUUCCCUCACGGCCACUACGGAACCAUCCGUCAGCAAGUCUGGUCGUUGCUCCACUUCCCGUUUCAACUCGCCAUUGUCGGCGUGGUCGAGGGUGCACAACAAAUUGCAAUGGCACGCUACGUCCUGAAAAACGCUGCUAAGGGCACCGCAGAUUUGCACAAAAUGUGCGAGCAACAGCUGGAUGGAGUCAAAUUACGAGAUGCACUUACUAAGAUGGUGGAAUACUACCAGUUCAAGUCCAAGCUCGAUACGUACGGAUACUACGACGACAUUAUGUACAGCGUCUAUAACAUCGGAAACGCCACUGGCAUCUGCUCUCCACAAAACGUAACAAGCUACAACAGCGGACUCUGGCCUGAGGAGUUCAACUACAUUGGAAAUGCCAUCUCGAAUGGUAUCUACUCCGGUCUCGGCGUCAAGAUGCCAAUCGACAAACUGGAGAAAUACAUUGAGCCUAUCCAAAUCGCUGAGAAGAGCUGGAAGCUCACCUACCUUUACUUCUGGUCCUGCUUCUGCGUCCUGGUCAUCUCGCUUAUCGUCUUCCUCUUCUUGAUUCGCCGCCACAAGGUCGACGUCUUUGACUACGUCUCAGUCCUCGUUCGUUGUCUUGUACUCGGAGCUGGCGCAGCAUCGCUCGCCGUCCUCGCCAACAAGCAAAGGCUAUUCGACCUCCUCAACUCUCCAGCCAUCCUUCCCAUGGCCGUGGUGCUGCUAUUCAUUGUUCUUUGCUGCGACAAGCUCGCCUCUCUCUGGUGCAACUGGCGGCUCUUCAAGUCCGGCGAGCCCUACGCGCUCGAGUUCGAGGAAGAGCACCACCACGGCGGCAGUCACGGCGAAAGCCACGGCCAAGUCCACAUGACGGACGACGUGGAAAGGGGAAACGUACACCACGGAAGACCGGAGCUCAAGGGCCACCGCAAGUCGGCCGGCUGGAGCAUCCACGCCGAUACGCUCGAGCUGUCCAAGGAGAACACAGAGUACAGCUCCCGCCACCUCGGGGACAGCGCUCAUGGCAUCGAGGAGGGAGUGCAAACGCCGCCGCUGCAGAGCCCGUCCAUGACGCCCGGCAGGGGGCCCGGCGGAUAUAUGCCCGUGGCCCACUGA